UCGGCCCAUUGUUGAAAGAGACGACUUUUGGAAAUGUGAGGGAAAUGUCGCAAGAUUGCGAGUACCUGUGUGCUCAAUAAACAUCAAGGGUCGACUGGAGUGGGUGGCUUUACUCGCGCCCUUGCAGACACGGCCAUGGAUUGGACCCCGCAGUCGUCAUUGCUCGCAGACGAUUCGCCAAAUUUGCAACUUCGACUUCUCACAAUUCAUCACCCGCCGCGUGUCUCUAUACCGCAAUCAACCAUCCACUGUCGCUACACACGUCACCCAGACUACUCUUUCGUCGCGCAAUAGUCGCCCAAUCCCGAAUAACCACCACCCAUCAUGGCUACCACCGUCGACAAGAUCAAGCAGAUCGAAGAUGAGAUGGCCAAGACCCAAAAGAACAAGGCCACUUCCUACCAUUUGGGUCAAUUGAAGGCAAAGUUGGCAAAGCUGAAGAGAGAACUUCUGACUCCUUCAUCGAGUGGAGGUGGUGGUGGUGCCGGUUUCGAUGUCGCCAGAACUGGUGUUGCUAGUGUUGGUUUCAUCGGUUUCCCCUCGGUCGGAAAAAGUACCCUGAUGAGUCGAUUGACUGGUCAACAUUCCGAAGCCGCCGCCUACGAAUUCACAACUCUUACAACCGUGCCUGGACAGGUCAUGUACAACGGAGCAAAGAUUCAGAUUCUCGAUUUGCCCGGUAUUAUCCAGGGUGCAAAGGACGGAAAGGGUCGUGGUCGUCAGGUCAUUGCUGUCGCAAAGACUUGCCAUUUGAUCUUCAUCGUCCUCGAUGUCAACAAGCCUCUUACCGACAAGCGCGUUAUCGAGAACGAACUGGAAGGUUUCGGUAUUAGAAUCAACAAGUCGCCGCCAAACAUCCACUUCAAGAAGAAGGACAAGGGCGGUAUCAGCAUCACCAACACCGUCCCUCUUACCCACAUCGACCACGACGAGAUCAAGGCUGUCAUGAACGAAUACAAAAUCUCCUCUGCCGACAUUGCCAUCCGCUGCGACGCCACCAUUGACGACCUGAUCGAUAUCCUGGAAGCAAAGAGCAGAAGUUACAUUCCCGUCAUCUACGCCCUCAACAAGAUUGACGCCAUCUCAAUCGAGGAGCUCGACCUGCUAUACCGUAUUCCCAACGCAUGUCCCAUCAGUUCCGAGCACGGCUGGAACGUCGACGAACUGAUGGAGCAAAUGUGGGAGAAACUCAGCUUGUGCAGAGUCUACACCAAGCCCAAGGGCAAAGCUCCUGACUACACUGCCCCUGUCGUCUUGAGAGCGAACGCACGUACUGUUGAAGACUUCUGUAACGCUAUCCACAAGACUAUCGUUGAACAGUUCAAGGUCGCUAUUGUCUACGGCAAGUCCGUCAGACAUCAGCCUCAAAGAGUCGGUCUCUCUCACGAGCUCGCCGAUGAGGAUGUCUUGACCAUCAUCAAGCGAUAAAUCACCAAUAUUGCAUAUCACUCGCCAACCCCCACCCUACCUUUGAUAUCCCGGGUUUGCAAAACUGCCUCGAAUCGAGAUCAACCUUUCUGUUGGCCGAUAGUACUUGCAGCAGCCUUUGUCAUACCCUUUUCCAACAUACGCUAGUGUCCACCUCCUCAACACUCGUAUCAUGAACAAUGACCGGUCCGGUAAGAGACCUCUUUUUCUUUUUACUUUCUUCGCGGAAAUUUCCUUUCAGAUAGACCGGCUUCUGCCCAUGGAAAUACACGGUUUUGGUCAAAUGGCUACAUUUUUUCUGCAACAACUUCCUUCUGCUUUUCAUCAUUUUCACUGCAAGCCAUUUUUUGAUUGGCCAAGGAUUUGUUAUCUUUUUUCCACUCGCGAAGCAGGUGCAUAACCGCCCCGCACGCAGCCUCGGCCCGCAUUCGACAUUUAAUCAAAAAGCAGC